AUGUGGUCGCUUUCUGCCACCCUUAUUUCUCUUUCUUUCUACCUCACCUUCGCCCAUGUAUCGCGGCGUGACCUAGUAAAGGUGGAAUAUUCCAGCACUCCGCCAUCGGAUUGGAUACGUUCUCGGCCCGCAGACCCGAGCCAUAUAUUCAAUCUUUCAAUCGCGGUUGAUAAGAGCCUCCACGUGGAGCGAGCCCUCUACAGCGUCUCGACACCUGGCCAUGAGCUCUAUGGCAAGCACUUAUCACGGGAUGAGGCACAAGCGCUGCUCAAUCCGGAUCACGAAGCCCGUGAUGCCAUCGUGAGCUGGCUCCUCGAGCAGACAGACGCGGACCCCGCGGAUGUUGUCAGCGACAGCCACUGGGUCCGGUUGGAAACGACGGUGAGGGAGGCCGAUAAGCUUCUGGAUGCGGACUACGCAUGGUUCCGGCACCGGGACAGCGGCAAGGAGGUCCUGCGGACGUUGCAAUAUUCGCUGCCACAGGAUUUAAAGAGCAUGAUCUCGUUGAUAACUCCCACUACGAGGUUCUGCUCGCAUCCCAUGAUGCACCAAACCAGCGACGAGCUUCGAAAGCACAGGAGGUCAUUUGCGGGACUGAGCCCCAACAUCAUGUUCACAUCGCAGGUGGAUGCUGUGCCUCCACCGAGCGCCCAGGCCGGACAAAUUGAUCCCACAUGCAAUAGGACCAUCACGCCCAGUUGCAUCAGGACUCUGUAUAACAUCCCCGCAAACCUGAACGUCAGCAAGGCCCGGGGUCUCGGGGUAUACGGCUCUCAGAGCCAGGUCGCCAAGUUUUCCGAUUUCGCCCUCUUCGCCCAGAAGGUCGACCCACCCUCCCAGGGCGUGAACUUUUCCUUUCUGAGCAUCAACGGCGGGACGACGGACCAGAACCAGAACACCUUGUCCAACGAUGAACUGAACUUCGACAUCCAGUACGCCGCCUCUCUGUCCAACCCUGUGCCGAACAUCGAGACCGCCGUCGCGGGGCAGGGGCCCAUCCAGCCGGAGCUGGGGAACCAGCCGGGGGACUCAACCGAGCCCUGGCUGAUCUGGCUGGACGCCAUGCUGAAGCUGCCCGACGACCAGCUCCCGCACACCAUCACGACGAGCUUCGGCGAGAACGAGCAGUCCCUGCCCGACGGCUACGCCCGGCAGAUCUGCAACCAGUUCGGCGCCCUCGGCGCCCGGGGCGUCACCAUGUUCGCCGCGUCGGGCGACGCCGGGCCAGGGAACACGUGCGUCACGAACGACGGAACAAACAGCACGAGGUUCAACGCCGUGUUCCCCGCGUCCUGCCCCUUCGUCACCGGCGUCGGCGGCGUGCGCGGCAUCGCGCCGGAGCGGACGGCCGACUUCUCGAGCGGCGGGUUCUCGGACAAGUUCGCGCGGCCGGCCUACCAGCAGGCGGCGGCCGCGGGGUACCUCAACGGCACCAUCGGCGCCCGGUUCAGCGGGCUGUUCAACCCGGCGGGCCGCGGUUUCCCGGACGUCAGCGCGCAGAGCUUCAACCUCACGUUCGCUACCAAGGGCGCGUUGGCCGGGUUCCAGGGCACGAGCGCCUCGGCGCCGAUAUGGGCCGGCCUGGUCGGCUUGGUGAACGCGGCGCUGAUCCAGGCGGGGAAGCCGCCGAUGGGGUUCAUCAACCCGUGGCUGUACGGCGCCGGGGCUCAGGCCCUCAACGACGUCUCCGUCGGCCAGUCUGUUGGGUGCACCGGGUUGGCCGGCUUUGGGACCCAGAAGCUCUCGCCAGAUUCCGGGGCGAAGAUCGUGCCGAACGCGAGCUGGCCGGCGGCUGCGGGCUGGGAUGCGGCCACGGGGCUCGGCACCCCAGACAUGGGUAAAAUUCUUGCCCUAAGGAUGGCGGCUUCAUAG